GCCUAUUACUGCCCUCAGAACUGUACUUUGGUUCCUAGCGGCGGAUGACACUAUUUUCGUUUCUGCUGUACAUACGGUGUAAAGUGGCGAGAUACCGGGGAGGUGUGCUACCACUACCAGCAAAAAGAAGGCAUGGCAUCCGAAAGAUUAGAUGCCCCUGAGCUCCCCGACUUCACAAUACUUAAAAGAUUGGCUCGAGACCAGCUCAUUUAUAUUCUGGAGCAGCUACCUGGAAAAAAAGAUUUGUUCAUUGAACCGGACUUGAUGAGCCCACUGGAUCGGAUUGCCAAUGUCUCAAUACUAAAGCAACAUGAAAUUGACAAAUUGUAUAAGCUGGAGAAUAAACCUAUUUACAGCAACGCUGAUCAAUUGUGCUUCUUGAUCAGACCUCGGGUCAAGCAUGUGAAGUACAUUGCUAGCAUUGUCAAUGCAGAUAAGAAAGCUGGAGUGAGCAGGAAGUAUAAGAUCAUCUUUAGUCCUCAGAAAUUCUAUACAUGUGACAUGAUCCUGGAGCAGGAAGGAAUAUACGGCGAUGUGACCACUGAUGAAUGGUUCUUUUAUCUCCUCCCACUGGAUGAUGAUAUUAUCAGUAUGGAGCUGCCAGAAUUUUACCGGGAUUAUUUUCUUGAGGGGGACCAGCGUUGGAUUGGCACUGUGGCCAAAGCUCUCGAUUUAUUGGAUUCUAUCUUUGGACCAAUAUCCAAGGCCUAUGGCAUAGGAAAGUGCGCUAGGAUGUCCUAUGAAUUAUGGAAAGAGCUUGUGGAAGACUAUGAAACUGAUCGCAAGGACAGAAGACCAGCUGUGGGAACUGCAUUUCUGAUUGACAGAGAUGUGGAUUAUGUUACCCCGCUGUGCUCUCAGGUGGUAUAUGAAGGGCUUGUUGAUGAUAUUUUCCGAAUUAAAUGUGGAAGCGUGGAGUUUGGGCCUGAGGUGACUUCUUCUGAUAAAAAUAUAAAAAUUCUUCUAAACUCUCAAGAUAAGGUAUUUGGUGAAAUUCGGAAUGAGCAUUUUUCCAAUGUCUUUAGUUUUCUGAGCCAGAAAGCUCGCAAUCUACAAACACAAUAUGAUAAACGCAGAGGAAUGGACAUUAAUCAGAUGAAGACUUUUGUUUCCCAAGAGCUAAAAGGAUUAAAACAAGAGCAUCGCAUGCUGAGUUUACAUAUUGGCGCCUGUGAAUCUAUAAUGAAGAAGAAAACCAAACAGGAUUUUCAGGAGUUGCUGAAAACAGAACACUCAUUACUAGAGGGAUUUGAUAUUCGAGAGAGCAUCAGUUUAAUAGAGGAGCACAUAAACAGACAGGUUUCCCCCAUUGAGAGUCUACGCCUGUUGUGUCUGCUGUCUAUCACGGAGAAUGGUAUAAUCACAAAAGACUACAGAUCUCUGAAGACUCAGUACUUACAGAGCUAUGGCCCCGAGCACCUGCUGACCUUCUCCAACCUGAAACGUUCCGGCCUGCUCACCGAACAAGUUUCGGGAGAGACCCUGACUGCUGUGGAGAGUAGGGUGAGCAAACUGGUCACAGACAAGGCGGCAGGAAAGCUUACUGAUGCCUUUUCCUCUCUGGCAAAAAAGAGCCAUUUCAGAGGGAUUAGCAAAAAACUUGGACUGAUUCCUCGAGUCGAUGGCGAGUAUGACCUGAGGAUUCCGAAGGACAUGGCCUAUGUUUUUAGCGGUGCUUAUAUACCAUUAAGUUGUAAAAUAAUAGAGCAGGUUUUGAUGCGGAAAAGUUGGGCGGGUCUCGAAGAGGUCACACGCCUACUCAAUACCAAUGAGUUUUCAGAGCAAUUCUCGGACAGGAGCUCUCAGUCAGAGUCCCAAAGAACCGUCCUUGUAGUUUUCCUAGGAGGAUGCACAUUUUCAGAGAUCUCUGCUUUGAGAUUUCUUGGCAAAGAAAUAGGUUACAAAUUCAUCAUUCUAACCACAUCAAUUACAAACAGUGCACGGAUGCUGGAGUCAAUGACAGAGACUAAAUCAUGAUUCAUCUGCAGUUUUCUCACACCGUGUAAUUAGCCAGUCGUUGUGGUGUAUAACUCUCUAAGUCUAUGAACACAUGUAAAUUAGGACCAUCUUUUUAAUGUAUCAGAGUUUCAUCCCAAAUGUGUUACUGAAACUAAGACUUGUCCUGACUGCUGAGAUGAUAAAUGCAACUGAAAGUGUAUUGGGAUUUCACCUCCUCCUAGAAACUCUUCUAUUGGUUUGGAUAUGGGUUAAUCCUUUAUUGAUUGACUGUAAUAGUUUCAAAAUGACCUACAGUAUAUAUGUCACAUGCCCUGAGACGUCCUGCAAAUUCAUGCAGAUAAUAUGGGAAUUCCCAGUACAUGGAACUGAGGAAUAUAUAUAUAUAUAUAUAUAUAUAUGUAUAUAUUUUUAAUACAUUGGAUGGGCCUUUCUGUAUGUAUUCUAUUUUAUAUAUGGGUUUACAGCCUUCAUAUUCUAUAUGUGCGCAAAGCUGGUUCACAAAUGUACUGAUUGCCUAGUCUGCGUGCUGUUUGGUUUAGCCAUAUAUUGUUUACUCAGGUAAUGCAAGAUAAAUGAAGUUCACAUAAAACAACAUUUCUGUUCCGCCUUUUACUAUUUUAGGGCGCCUUUUCUCCAGUUGCCAAUAAGCCAAUAUGCUGAAUGGGUUUAGUGACAAAACCGUGAUGUUGCCAAGUACAGCAAAUCUGCAUGCCUGCGAGUUAGAUGGAGCAUGGCUCUGUAAGCCUGAUUUUACACAAAGCAUGUUGAUGAUCUUGUUUCUCUGACGUCCUAGUGGAUGCUGGGUACUCCGUAAGGACC